UAUGUUAACAUUCAUUUUGAUAUUCCAUUAACAAUGUACAAAUUCCUGUAAUGUUUAUCACUUUUGCAAAUGUAGUGAUUUUGGACUUUUCUACAUUUUAAAUUGCAGAAGGUUAUUAUAACUACCAUGGUUUGUACUUUUGACCUUUAGCUUUCAAUUUUACGGUACAACGUCAAAAUAUUUCUAAAAUGACUUUCAAACUAAGUUAUAUACAAAAGAGUUUAUAUAUAUUAAUUUAAACCUGAUUAACAUGUGUGUUAUAUUUUAGUCUUAAAAUAAGAACAUAUAUAUACAUUCCGUAGCAGUAUCUUAGAGCAUACUGGACUUUUAAUGUUCCCAUCUAGUGGGUUUUUUCGCAAUGCGUUUUGUCCGUUCUAUCAACACGAGUUGUGUCACAGACCAUAUUGUCAUUUUAAGCACGUAAAACAAGAGAAAAAAGAAAAAGAAAAACUAAAGAAAAAUGAAAGUGACACGAAGAAUAAGAAUUCAGUUAAUAAGCAGAGAAGUUUAAAGGAAGUUGAUGGUUCAACAUCGCGAACAGAAGCACAAAAAACUAAAAGUAAUGACGAGGAUGAUGUUAUGAAAAUAGUAAAGAACAUACCUCCAUCAAAACUUGUUGAGUAUGCCAAAAGAAAACAGGAGGAAAAAAAGUUAAAACAUUUGUUAGAGUUGAUUGACAAAGAAAACAAAGAAAAAGAUCGCACAUCCACUUCAUCUGAAGGGGAUGACCAGAGAGGAUUAAUUGAUGCCUUUUACAAUAAGACCAAAGUCAUUGGGCAAUUCACAUCUGAUCGCGUGCAGAUAAAUGAUAAACCGUCACUAGAUAAUAUUACACCCACUUUGAAUGCAGUGGAAAGGAAAGUGUGCGAAUGCGAUGACCCAGAUUGUACCGGUUUUAUUGAUAAAGUGGAUAAAGACGAAAAUGUAUUUUGCUAUAAUGAGAAGGAAAACUCAGAUGAUGACGAUUAUAGCAAUAAACAUAAAGUGAAAAAGAAAAAGAAAAACAAAAGAGCACUUUCUGAUCUUGAUUUCUUCGGUGUUGAUUCUGUCAAAAACGAUAAAAUUUUAAAGCAGAAAGCAAAAAAGAAGAAAUUGAAUAACAAAAGUGAGCUUGAAACCAGAAAAGAAAAGAGAAAUAUUGACUUUUCAGGUAAUCAAGCUGAAUUUCCAGAAGAUGGUAAUGUAUUUAAUAUUAUAAAUGACAAUAAUAAAGAAAAAAUCAGGAACAAAAGCUGUGAUGCUGGAAAGUCUGUGGAUAUAAAAAUGAGAGUAAACGAAGCUGGUAUAAAAGACUAUAUUGCAGAAGAUUGUGUCAUAACAACUGGUCAAGCGAGUUUAAAAAAGAGGACUGCUCAUUCAGCUGAAGAAGUAUCCCGAGCUCCUGUUCAAGCAAGGAAAACAAAAAAGGCAACCUUGUCAUACGUUUCACCUGGUCUGGCAGCUCCACCACCGCCUUCCUCUCUACAAAGUACCUCAACUGUACCAAACGUGAGUGCUAACAUGGGUUAUACAACUGAGACAGGAGUCUAUGUUGGUAAAAAGCGAGUUGCUCAUGCAUUCGUUCCUCCAGUUGUUGAGGAAGUUAAAAGACCCAAACUUCCAAUCGAGAUAGGUGGAAAAUUGCCGCAUUUGUUACGUCAACGUUUCUUGAACAAAAUAAUUGAUGAGUUAAUGCCAAAAUGUAAAUCUGAAGCUGUCGCAUGUGAAAAGGGUUUUGCAGAAGAAGCUGUCGCGUACCAACGCAGCUCUCGCAAGCAAAUUUACCUUAACUUAUGUGCAAACAUAAUAAAGAGAAUUCGCGGUAUGCCUGAUUUUGUCCCUACGAUGGAGAGCAGUUUUAAUCCUUUAAUGACAGCUGCAACGACAGUCCAAGUUGUGAACCGCAUCAAUAGCUCUUCCCUACAAGGCUACAAGAAGAUCAAUACGGAGAAAAAAGCAAUCAAAAGAGCGAUCAAGCCUCCCUCUUCCACACUGAUCAAUGCUGCCAGUGUUAUAGCAACAUCAUCAGCAACCAAAAGAAGGUUGUCUGCAGAGGUGGUUGAAUUGAAUGAAUCCAACUUCUACCACCACUUACAGCAAUAUCUUCUCUCGGAUACUCAACUUUGGGAAAACAAAUAUCCACGUGAAGAUCCUGAUAAUUCUGAGCUAACUAUCAUUAAAGAUUACACACCUCAGAAUAAUUUACUGAAAAGAUUGUGUUGUCGAUGUGGCAAAGAUUAUUUCAUGAAUUUGAAGGGAAAAUAUGUUACACGUGAAGAAUGUCACUUCCACUGGGGAAAGUUACGGAAACGAAAAGAGAGGGGUGCUUGGACAUCGUAUUUUUCAUGUUGUGAAUCGGAUGGUAGUGGACAACCAUGUUCCAUGUGUAGGCUGCACGUGUGUGAUAUGAUUGGUUCAUUGCACAAUUAUGUAUCCACUGACAACUGCGACAACGAGGAUGCCAAACGAAAAGUUUUUGCGCUUGAUUGUGAAAUGUGUUACACAACGCAAGGAUUAGAAUUAACACGUCUCACCGUCGUUGAUUUCAACCUGGUGCAAGUCAUCGAUUUAUUUGUCAAGCCAUAUAAUCCGAUCGUCGACUACAAUACCAGAUUCAGUGGAGUGACAAAAGAACAUCUGCAAGACGUGACGACAAGUAUCGACGAUAUACACGACAUUUUGUUGAACAUGUUUGAUAAAGAAACCAUCCUACUAGGCCACAGCCUGGAGAGUGACUUUAAAGCACUGAAAUUAAUCCACAGAAAUGUAGUCGAUACCGCCCUCGUGUUUCCGCACCGACUUGGUUUACCGUUUAAAAGAGCGCUUCGUAAUUUAAUGGCUGAACAUCUGCAGAAGAUUAUUCAAGAUGGAGAAGCUGGUCACGAUUCGUGCGAAGACGCGCGUGCGUGCAUGGAGCUGAUGAAAUAUAAGUUUAUAGAAGACAACAAGAAAGUGAAUAGACCAAACAGUUUCAAAGCUAUUCCGUCGUCAUCGCUGAAGCUGUGACCGUGUUGUCAAUUUUAAAACUGUCCAUCGUCGUCAUCGUUCAGGCUUUGAUGGCGUCGUUUUCGUAGUGGGUGAGCUGUGACGGUGUCGUAAGAUAGCAAAAGAGACCCUUGUACCAAAAAAGGUUGUUUGUUUGUCGCCGACUUGCUCGUGCUGAGCGACACUUAAUAUACUCGUCUAUAAUCGAUGCGAUAUCUCGCACAAAAACCCGACAAGUCGUCACUCAUAAUGACUUUCACGGAUGGUAAGAGAGAAUCGAACGUAGUUCUCGCAUACUAGCGUUAUGUCACGCCACUUCAAGUUGUUGGCCGUCAAUUUACUUUACUUGACUCAUGAAAACAGAUCGAUGCCUUUCUGUUUCGUUGACUGUUUCCAUGCCACAUAUUUUAUUUGCGUUAUUAAUAUUUACAAAUUAAAUUAAUUUAUCGA